AUGAAAUGCUUUGCUCAGUUAGGGGCAUUGGUUAGUGUCAUAGGUCAUGUAGCAUUGGUUAGAGGUAGUGUCAUAGGUCAUGUAGCAUUGGUUAGAGGUAGUGUCAUAGGUCAUGUAGCAUUGGUUAGAGGUAGUGUCAUAGGUCAUGUAGCAUUGGUUAGAGGUAAUGUCAUAGGUCAUGUAGCAUUGGUUAGAGGUAGUGUCAUAGGUCAUGUAGCAUUGGUUAGAGGUAGUGUCAUAGGUCAUGUAGCAUUGGUUAGAGGUAGUGUCAUAGGUCAUGUAGCAUUGGUUAGAGGUAGUGUCAUAGGUCAUGUAGCAUUGGUUAGAGGUAGUGUCAUAGGUCAUGUAGCAUUGGUUAGAGGUAGUGUCAUAGGUCAUGUAGCAUUGGUUAGAGGUAGUGUCAUAGGUCAUGUAGCAUUGGUUAGAGGUAGUGUCAUAGGUCAUGUAGCAUUGGUUAGAGGUAGUGUCAUAGGUCAUGUAGCAUUGGUUAGAGGUAGUGUCAUAGGUCAUGUAGCAUUGGUUAGAGGUAGUGUCAUAGGUCAUGUAGCAUUGGUUAGAGGUAGUGUCAUAGGUCAUGUAGCAUUGGUUAGAGGUAGUGUCAUAGGUCAUGUAGCAUUGGUUAGAGGUAGUGUCAUAGGUCAUGUAGCAUUGGUUAGAGAUAAUGUCAUAGGUCAUGUAGAAUUGGUUAGAGGUAGUGUCAUAGGUCAUGUAGCAUUGGUUAGAGGUAGUGUCAUAGGUCAUGUAGCAUUGGUUAGAGGUAGUGUCAUAGGUCAUGUAGCAUUGGUUAGAGGUAGUGUCAUAGGUCAUGUAGCAUUGGUUAGAGGUAGUGUCAUAGGUCAUGUAGCAUUGGUUAUAGGUAAUGUCAUAGGUCAUGUAGCAUUGGUUAGAGGUAAUGUCAUAGGUCAUGUUGCAUUGGUUAGAGGUAAUGUCAUAGGUCAUGUAGCACCUUAAGAAAAUGUUGUUUUUGUAAAUAAACUAGUAAAUAAAUAUGUAUCUCUCUAUAUAUUUGCAGUACUUUAGCACAGAAGAAAAUAGGAUGUCAUGUAAAUGCUAUUUUUUUUAAUUGUGAUUAUUUCGCACAGUUGUAUCUAACUAGGUCCACAUUGUGGUGGUCUAUGCUGGAAUAAUAAAUUGCUCGUAAAUCCUG